AUGCCGAGCCACACUCUUGGUGUCGCCUUGCCCAUCAUGUCGUUCGUCCAGUACCCUGCCGACCACCCCUUCCCCAUCCAAAACCUGCCGUACGGUGUCUUCUCGACCGACGCGCAGCCCGUGACCAGACCUGGCGUUGCCAUUGGUGACUACAUCCUCGACCUGGCCGCGUUGUCCAAGACGGCACACUGGGCCAAGUCGCCCGUCAAGGCGGAAGUCUUCCAGACUGCCAACCUCGACGCGUUCGUUGCCCUCGAGCCCGAGGACUGGGCCGCGUUCCGUGCCUUCCUCACCUCCAUCCUUGCCCCGUCGUCGCCCCUCAAGGCCGACGCCGACGCCGUCCUCUUGCCCCGCACCGCCAAGUCGACUCACAUGCACCUCCCUAUCAGGAUUGGUGACUACACCGACUUCUAUGCGAGCUACGCGCACGCUUUCAACGCUGGAGUGCUUAUCCGCGGGCCGGAGAACGCGCUCCAGCCGAACUGGAAGCAUCUGCCUGUUGGAUACCACGGCCGUGCUUCAUCGAUUGUUGUGAGCGGAACGCCCUUCCACCGCCCCACUGGUCAGAUUCUCGACAAGCCCACCGACAAGCAGCCCAUCUUUGCGCCGUGCCGCAAGCUCGACUAUGAGCUGGAGACGGCUUUUAUCUACGGUGGCAGCCCCACCAAGCUCGGCCAGCGCCUCACCCCCGCCCAAGCCCGCAAGCACAUCUUUGGCCUGGUCCUCAUGAACGACUGGUCGGCUAGGGACAUCCAGACGUGGGAGUAUGUUCCCUUGGGCCCAUUCCUUUCCAAAAACUUCUGCACCACCAUCGCGCCGUGGAUUGUCUCCCCCGCGGCCCUCGAGCCGUUCAAGGUCAAGCAGUACGACCACGAGCCUGCGCUGCUACCCUACCUCGACGACCCGGAGGGAUACAACUUUGCCGUCCCGCUGCACCUAGAGGUUAAGACUGCCGAGUCGGGCGACUACUCGCACGUCUCGACGUCGGACAUGCGCCACACGUACUACACGUUUGCGCAGAUGAUUGCGCACCACUCGGCGACGGGCUGCAACAUUCGCCCGUCGGACAUGAUGGGCAGUGGCACGCUCUCGGUGCCGAGCAACGACAAUGCGCCGAACGACGGCGGGCUGGGAUCGCUGCUCGAGCGCUCGCGUCUUGGCCGCGAGCCGUUUGCGCUCAACGACCAGCGCAAGGACAUGACGUGGCUUCGUGACGGUGACAGCGUGCGUAUCACUGGUGUCGCCAAGGGCGACGGUUAUAAUAUCGGCUUUGGGGAGUGUGAGGGGACGGUGCUGCCGGCGGUGGAGGCGUGACAACUGUAGCAAGUAGUCCGUAGUGCGUUCACUGUAUGUUAGAUGUGUUGGAGUUGCUGGGGG